GGAUGAGACAUGAUUAUUUGAACACUGAGUUUUGUGAAGCGAUUUGGGGGUAAAUGAUAAGAUCAUAAUAACAAACACCUGAUCCUCACUCGAUCAUCUGAAGAAACCAAAAUCAGGCGUUGAAUCGGGUCAUCUUCAACCCGACUAAAAGCAGCCGUUUAAUUCUCUAAUAAUCAUACAUAUCCCGAUCGACUUCUUCAUCAUCAAUCUAUUGAAAACACCCUGCAAACUGGAAACCCUAGUUUACUUUCACAGAUCAUGUCUUCCGAUCGACCCGCUGCUUCUCCAGAAGAUAAUUAUUUAUUUCUUGAUAUAUCAAAUGAAGCGCCUUUAAGUGGGCACCGGAAACGUACAAGCAUCGUUGGUAGCAUUUUGUAUUGUUUACUUUUGUCAGGUUAUGCUGCAUUGGCGAUUGGAGCUCCGUGGAUAUUCGAGUCUGAGAAAUACUUGACGUUACAGAUACUCUGCACCUGUGACAUCAUUUUGUUGAUCAUCACUGGUAUCUUCCAGCAAUAUAUGGUUUACCAAGUCCAGAAAAUUAGAUUACAGGGUUACUAUAUUUUCAGUCAAAAGUUAAAGCAUAUUGUUCGCUUGCCCUUUGCCAGUACAUCAUAUGGUACCGGGGUGAUGCUGCUAAUUAUGGUCUGGGAGCCAAAUAUUAGAAUUCUUCCGAUUCCUAUGAUACUCAGGAUUAUCAUGGUGGUUGAAGCUAUCCUUGCUGGUUCUUUCAUGAGUGUAUAUAUUGGUAAUGUACACCAAUACAACACGUUGGAAUCCCAGCCCGAUGUUUUGAAGUCUUUGUACUCUCCCCUUCAACCGUCAAGCUCUCUAGAAGGGUUAAGGUAUAAUAAUGAUGGUGGACGGUUAUCUGAUCAGCAGAUGGCUUUGCUACAGUAUCAGAGAGAGAAUCUUAAUUUUCUGAGUGAGGAGAUUCUUCGACUGCAAGAAUGUUUAAGCAAAUAUGAGAAAGCUGGUGAUGGGAUGGCACCUCAGGUUGAUCUUGCUCAUCUGUUAGCAGCUCGUGAUCAAGAGCUACGAACACUUUCAGCUGAGAUGAAUCAACUACAAUCUGAAUUACGUCUCGCUCGAUCCCUGGUUGCUGAGAAAGAGACUGAAAUCCAGGGUGUUCGUAACACGAACAAUCAGUAUAUGGAGGAAAACGAAAGGCUGCGAGCCAUACUAGGAGAAUGGAGUACCAGAGCCGCAAAGCUUGAACGAGCACUUGAGGCUGAGCGGAUGUCAAAACUCGAAUUGCACAAGAAGAUUUCAACAUCAAGAACCCAACAAAGCUGAAAAAAAUAGCAAAAUCUGUGGAAUAUUUUGAACAUUUGCUCUUGAUACAGAUACAAACACGAAACAGUUUUUGGUUCAUUUUACAGUAGGUUGUUUCGUUUAAAAACAUGCAACUGAAAACAUAGUUAUAGAAAGCUUGAGUAUAACUGUGUAGAUAAAAGAGGAGAUAGCCGCCGUAACACACUCGUCUAACCUGAAACAGUACGAAACUCAAAAGAUACAGAUCGAGAAAUGUGUUUCGAGAUUAUAGAUAGGCU